AUGAUUGUGGAUAAUGGAUAUGUUACCAGAUCAAGUCCCUAUGAAUCCUACAGAACUUGUGAUAAUUGUGUGGAUGAGAUCAAUAUGAUCAGAAGAGCUUUGAAUAAUGACGAUUCAGGAAGUUUGAUUAGUAAUAACAGUGCUACUAAAUAUUCUACAAGAAUGACUACAAGAACAGUCAGUUCAUCUCAUUCAAGUUUGAGUAAUGACAAUGUUAGUGAUGAUAAUUUAUGUCCUAUUUGUGCUAAAAAUCUCAGAGAUGUUUAUAAAUCUAAAGAUGAUUUUGAACAGUUCAAAGAAACUCAUAUAAAUGAAUGUUUAACAAGUUAUGAUUUCAGUUUGAAUCAUCAAAGGUAUGAAGGUAAUCAUCCCAAAAAUAAAAUGUUGGUUUAUAAUAUGCCACCGAUUCCUGAACCAAAGUUCGAAUCCAUCGUUGGAUCAGUGGAUACUAUUAAAUUAGAUUCUGAUUUAUAUAGGGUUGGCGAAGGGUCUAAACCCGAAUCAACAGAAACGAUUCAAAAAUUUGAAGAAACUAUUGGAUCUUUAAAUUCAAACAACACCACACAAACUAUCAAACAAUUCGAUGAAUGUGUAGUUUGUUUAGAAGAUUUAAAACCAGGAGAUAAAGUUGGUAGAUUAGAAUGUCUUUGUGUCUUUCAUUACAAAUGUAUUAAAGAUUGGUUUAAUAAGAAAGGUUAUGGAGAAUGUCCCGUACAUUAUCUUCAGAAAUAG